AUGGCAACUGUAGGUCGGAGGGGGGCCCCUCCGCCGGCUUCGAGCAGCAGCAAGCGCCUCCCGCGACCACCCGACAGGCCUCUAAACUUAAUGAGUGACAGAAGAGUGUUUAGAGGUGCUCCUUUUAAGUUGCUGCAGAAGCAAGAGACAGAUUCUUCUGCCUCUCCAAUAUUGAUGAGGGAGAAGUUGUUAAGAGCACAACGUGCCUCUGUUCCUUCUCCCUUCCUGCAUCAGCAGCAGCAGCAGCGCCAGCAGGUGCAGCAGCAGCAGCGUCAGCAGGUACAGCAGCAGCUGCAGCAGCAGCGUCAACAGCAGCAGCAGCAGCAGCAGCAGCAGAGUGGGACUCGUAUAUGUUCUGCUGCAGCAUCCGCUUCUCUUCCUUCUUGCCAUCCUCCAUCAUCAUCAUCUGCUGCUGCUGCUGCAGCAUCUGCUGCUGCUGCUGCUGCUGAUAGUGUUGCUGCUGCUGCUGCAUCUAAACAAGGAAAAGAGGUGGCGCUGCAGACAGAUUGUCAUGUAGUGCAGCUAGCAGCAGCAGCAGCAGCAGCAGCAGGACCAGAAGCAGAAGCACAGACAGAUAUAUUCAAGGAUCGUCCUGUCUCUCCUUUCUUAGCAAUAAGGGCAGAAGUUGCGGAUAUAUCUACACAGAUACAAGAAGGGGACUUAUUUAACUUCGAUGUGGAGGUCGUGCCGCUUCUUGAAGUGUUGGUAGGGAGAGUCAUUGAACAAAGUCUAAAUGAAGUAUUACAAGAAACAGAAAUAGAAUUAAUAAAACAACAAAGAGAAGCAUUUGAGAGGGAAAGACUCCAACAACUAAUUGCUGUUCAAUCUCUUGAGGCAGCAGAACAACGAAGACAACAAGAAGCUGGUAUAUAA